UUGAUAUGAUUGGUCGGCUGAAAUCCCGUCCAGGUGCAUCUCGUGAAUUGGUAGGAUUCAUCCCAAAACAAAAACCAUCAAUUCCACGUGACAAAAAUCAAAAAUGGAUUCCGAUUCUCGCUCCCACUUUGAGGAUCUAAUCGCAAUUCGAGAGUGAGAUAUGAUUGAAGAAAUCUCUGCUCCACUCCUUGGGGAGACAUCAUCCUCCGCCGAUGGCGAGAAUUCGCCGGUGGAGCAGGUGGCCCUGACGGUCCCACCCACCGACGACCCCUCGCUCCCCGUGGUCACAUUCCGGAUGUGGAUUCUCGGCGCGGCCGCCUGCGUCCUCCUCUCCUUCCUCAACCAGUUCUUCUGGUACCGCCGCGAGCCCCUCUCCAUCUCCGCCAUCUCCGCCCAGAUCGCCGUCGUGCCCCUCGGCCACCUCCUCGCCGCCGCCCUCACGCGCCGCGUCUUCUUCCGUGGCCGCCCCUGGGAGUUCACCCUCAACCCGGGCCGCUUCAACGUCAAGGAGCACGUCCUCAUCACCAUCUUCGCCAACUCCGGCGCCGCCAACCCUUACUCCAUCCACAUCGUCAGCGCCGUCAAGCUAUUUUAUGGCCGGAAGAUGACUUUCUGGGUAUCGCUCGGGGUCGUUCUCACCACGCAGAUUCUCGGAUUUGGCUGGGCCGGCCUCCUCCGCCGCUAUCUCGUCGAGCCUGCUGCCAUGUGGUGGCCGCAGAAUCUCGUUCAGGUAUCCCUCUUCAGGGCACUUCAUGAGAAAGAAGUCAGAGCAAAGGGAGGAGUGACACGGAAUCAGUUCUUCCUGAUCGCCUUCAUUUGCGGCUUUGCUUAUUAUGUGUUUCCAGGAUAUCUUUUCCCAAAGCUGACUUCAAUCUCCUGGCUUUGCUGGAUAUUUUCUUCAUCCAUCAUCAUUCAACAGCUUGGUUCUGGGCUCCAUGGUCUAGGAUUAGGGGCUAUCGGCCUUGAUUGGGCAAGCAUAUCCUCGUAUCUCGGCAGCCCACUAGCUAGCCCGUGGUUUGCUACUGCUAACAUUGCCGUUGGAUAUAUUUUCUGCGUGUACAUAGUUACGCCUAUUAUGUACGGGCUCAAUGUCUUCAAAGCCAGGACCUUUCCAAUUUUCUCUGAUGACCUCUUCACAUCAGAGGGGCAGGUUUAUAACAUAUCUGCCAUAAUAGAUUCAAACUUCCAUGUUGACUUGGACGCAUAUGAGCGUGAGGGUCAUCUCUAUCUCACUACAUUUUUCGCCACGACCUAUGGUUUUAGCUUUGCCUGUCUCACUGCAACCAUUGUUCAUGUCCUCCUUUUCCAUGGCAAAGAUCUGUGGCUGCUGAGCAAGUCCGCAUUCAAGGAGAAGACGAUGGAUGUACACACCAAGCUCAUGCAAAGCUACAAGAAAGUUCCCGAAUGGUGGUUCUUAUGUAUUCUUUUCAUAAACAUUGCCGUCACCUUACUUCUCUGUCAAUUAAACAUCGAUCAACUUCAGUUGCCGUGGUGGGGCGUCUUAUUAGCGUGUGCUCUUGCCUUCUUCUUCACCCUUCCUGUUGGAGUCAUUGCUGCCACAACAAACCAAAUACCAGGAUUGAAUGUGAUCACAGAAUACAUUAUAGGAUUUCUGUAUCCCGGUUAUCCAGUUGCCAACAUGUGCUUCAAGGUGUAUGGCUACAUCAGCAUGAAACAAGCGUUGGUGUUUCUUCAAGACCUCAAACUCGGACAUUACAUGAAAAUACCACCUCGAACGAUGUUCAUGGCCCAGGUAGUUGGCACUCUGAUUUCAUCAGUGGUGCAUCUAGGAACAGCAUGGUGGCUCAUGGACACCAUCCCCAACAUCUGUGACCGGUCAGUACUUCCUUCUAGCAGUCCAUGGACAUGCCCAAGCGACCAUGUGUUCUACGAUGCCUCGGUCGUGUGGGGAUUGAUCGGGCCGCAGAGGAUAUUUGGAAAUCUCGGCUUUUACUCUGCCAUCAACUGGGCUUUCCUAGCUGGGGCUGUGGCUCCCGUUGUAGUGUGGGUGGCCAUCAAGGCCUUCCCCGGGCAGCAGUGGCUUAAGCAUGUUUCAGUUCCUGUGAUGCUGGUGUCGGUUAUUAAUAUGCCUCCGGCAACUGCUGUGAACUACAACAGCUGGAUCAUCUUAGGGUUCCUGUCGGGCUAUGUUGCAUACCGAUACUACCGAGAGUGGUGGAGUCGACUCAACUACUUGCUGUCCGGAGCGCUCGAUGCAGGGUUGGCCUUCAUGGGAGUGUUCCUGUAUCUGUGUUUGGGGAUGGGGAAUGUUAGCCUCGAGUGGUGGGGAAGUGUUACUGAUGGAUGCCCUCUGGCUUCUUGCCCUACUGCGAAGGGUAUUGUUGUUGAAGGAUGCCCAAUCUUUUGAACUGAUUUUCCCCCUUCAUUCCACUUUUCAAUAUAUUAUGUUGUAUUUUAGUAGUGAUUGAUAGAAUAUCUUCACUUUUGUAUGUUUGUUAGUAUAAACUAUUACUAUAAAGUUAUUUCUUCUUUCAUGUUA